UACUGGGGAAGGACAGGGCAGCUUCCACGAAGAAAUCUUACUUGAGAUUAACGUAUGUAACUAAUAGCUAUAAAUAUAGGUUUACAUUCUCGAUCGUUUAUGUAAAAGAAAAUCAAGUUCCUUUAAUUUGUAAAAGUGGUACGGAAAUGAACGGAAUUGUAUUUCGUGAUGCUGCUGUAGGAGUUGUUUUAGGAACAGCGGUUAACAAAUUAUUGGGAGCCAUAUCAGAAGUAAAAGAGACAACCAAAAAAUUUAAACCCGUUCUCAAUCACCUCAAUGACACGGUUAAGUGGAUCACUCCCAGGGUCAAAGAGAUUUGUCGGUCGACAGAUGAACAGGAAAUUGACAGGUUGUUGAAUCUGUUGAAUCAAGCCAAGGAAACUGUUGAUAAAUGCUCUGGGGUAAGCUCAUGGAACUACUGCAAGAAGUACAAGUUCGCCAAAGAGCUUAUUGAACUGGAUAAUUCUAUUCGAACGACGUUGCAAGUAUUCUUUCCGGUUAUGAUAUUGGGGGAUACUAGAAAAAUUUUGGAUGCUGUUGACGAACUGAAGCUGAUGUUUUCAACCUUUUUUUGUAUUAUACUUGAAGAUUUUCAUUCAGGUGAAAAAAAUACUGGUGGUAUUAUUUUUGAUCUGAUUGAAAGUCUAUUGGAGACAAUCGCCCGGUCUCAGCCUGGAGAGAUUGUAAACGAUGUAGCUCUAUGGAAGAGAAAAAAGCUGAGCGGAUCGCUUCUCUUCAGCUCAACUGCAACAUGGCUCUUGCAGCAAGUUUAUGAAUACAACUUUCUCACUAUUGCUUCAUGGGUGGUCAUUUUCAUUGUUACUUCAUUGUUCAUUUGGAGAUAUGUAAAUCGGUAUCUUGGCCAACAAGAAGCAACCAAGUCGAGAUUGGAAAGUAUCCGAGAGCAGGUUGUUAUGGAGACUGCAAACGCUUGUUGGGAACUGACUGAUAAAUUAAUAAGAUUGUUAUUUCAUGUGACAGAUGUUGAAAGAGAAUGGUUUGUAUUUCCACAAACGGUUGCCUUUCUACUAAUUUUCUCCUACGUGGGAAGCUUCUUUGAUCUGCCUACUCUUUGUAGAGUUGUUAUGAUGGGUACAACAAUUCCUGUGACGGUGGCGAAGCACGGGGAUCGAAUAAAGCCUCUGGGCAGUCUGUUGGGAAGAGUCUACGAGAUGAUUGAGGAGAAGCUAACUGAUACAGCGAAGAACAGCCUUGUCCAAGACGAGAUCAAUAAGAAGAAAUUAAAGAAACAGAACUGAUAUAUAUGUACUCAUCAUUGCUAUUGGUUCCAAACUCGGGCCUAUUUGGUUUGAUCAAAAUCAUGACUAGUUAAUUUCUUGGUUUCUUGGUAGUUGGUACAGGAAAAGUACAUUGGCCUAUAUUUGCAAGUUGCAAAUAAUUUUGAAAAUUUGUGGCAAACUUCAUUGUUAUAAACUUUGUCUCCAACAAAUAAAGAAUAGCCCACAACCAUUAUUAUAAACUUGUUUCUAAAACUUUCUUAUAAGUGAAACGAAUCUUUCACUCAUAGUCUUUUUCUGUUUCAAAAAACUUGUUUUCUUUAUCAUCUACAUAUCACAUAGCAGAAAAAUUUAUGCAUGAGUGAUUAGGUGAAGUAAAACGAUUGAUCAACUAAUCCAACAAUAGCAGCUGCUAUAUAAUUUAUUAUAACUUGAUGACUAAAUUAAUUAUACUAUAUUUAGACACCUUCAUAGCAAUUGUAGUGGAAAUUAAAUAUUCACAAGUUAUUAUAUAUGAUAGACUGAAUAAGAUAUUAACCCUUCUUUUUCUUUUGGAUUUUGGAAAUUUUUUCAAUUUCAGAUGAUAUUACACCUUACUUUGGAUCUGACCAUGAAUUGUUUUUACUUAAUGAGAAGCUGUCACCUUGGUCAACCGUCUACAUGAUGUUGGAGAAGGUAGCCUCGGAAACGGUCCAGAAAAUUUCACGAGGCAGCAGAGUAACUUCAUGGAAUUUAAAAUGGAUUCAUUUCCCAUUAUAAAAAUAGGAAAUUGAGUUGCAGAGUUAAGUUGGGCGGAAAAGAGACUAAAAGGGAGAGCAUUGACUUCUAAUAUACUACGCUUAGCAUGGCAUGCGCAAAUAUAUAUACAUAUGAUAUGAAAAGAAAGUAAUAAUCGACUGUUUAAGCAAAUGGAAAAAAUCUCAACGCAAGUGAUGGAUCGAAUCAAGGAUGCUAUUAGAAUUAGGUUGCUAGGCUUAUAGGAUUGCUGCAAAUGUCUUUAAUAAGGACCUUUGUGAUGCAUGGACCCUUAAUAAUCCU